AUGCGACUCCACCAGCGCCAUGUUGCUGCGCUCGACGAGCAGCUGAGCCCGGCCCUCGAGCAAGCUGUGCGAGCACUGCUGACGGCGGAAGAACAUCAUUGGCAAUUCGAGAUGCAGCACCAGCAAGAGCGAAAGAGUGGGGUGUGCCCGGCACCGGCGAUGCACUCGCCGGUGCCGCUCCACAAGAUGGCGGCGCUGCUGCAAGCGCUGCAGCUGGUCCUUCAUCAGACGAGCGUUUCUUUCAUCGAAGCUCAGGACAGAAAGAUCACCGCUGCAGUCGCCACCGCGGAGAACACGUGUGAUGGAAACCGCAAUGCAGGACGGCAUGUCGGUCUCACAAGCACCUCAAGUAGCUUCACGGAGCAAGAGGACGAAGUGGAGGCGCAGCACGCGUUGGAGCGGGAGCAACGUCACGAGGUGCUGCAGGCCGCUCUCAACACGGAGCGUGCACUGGCGGAGGAGGUGAGGCGACAGGUGCCGACUGGGGCCGGCGUCUCUGUCGUCACUCUCCCUUGUGACCGCUUUGUCCCUGCCCCCGUGCUGCGGCUGGAGGCGGCGGUCAGUGUUGCGCUGCUCUCCAGGAUGAUUGAGAAGGCGGAGUCAAUCACGGCAGGCAUGGAGUUCGCAGGCCACCUCCUCCGGCAGUACAUCCUGCCUCACGUGUACGCCAACUAUGCCGGGUGGGCGGCGGUGCGGCCGCGGCUGGGAACGCUGAGCGAGCAGGUUACCCACCUUGCAACCCUCCCGCUGCGCGUCCAGCAGCAUCAGAGUCUGGUAGCUGCAGCCGUGCAGGCCCAGGCCGACGCGAAGUACCUCGAGGACGUUGUGAAGUCAUGGACGAUGCGUGCGUGGCUGCACGGAGUCAUACGGCACCGUCAGUCCCUCGCCAAGCAAGCUGCAACGGAGCGUGUCGUUGCACGACUGCGGGGACGCAUCGAGCUGCAUCGGAUGUUCAGCGCGUGGCGGCGAGAAGCACAGCGCGGGCAGCAGCUUGUACGUGAGACACGGAUGGAGGCGGCGUACAUUGAAUUUCUCGAGGAGUCGAGGCUAUCAGCGCUGCGGGACAGUCAAACAUACGUGGGAACAGCGGCGACAAUGGCCACGGCUCUGCUCAUGUAUGGUCCCAAAACCUCACCAGCACCCGUAGCUACCAUGUGGUCCCGUGCUCAGCAGCAGCAGCAAGAGAGCAGGCGAGGACAGCAGGAACUUCCUGCUGGAAACAGGGAAGAAUCAUCAGCAACGGACAUCCAUGCCAGCGCCGCCCCCACAAUGGUGAACACCCCUGCUGGAUGGGCGGUGGCCCCGAGCCACUCGCGAGGGAGGAUCGCGCAGGCGUCCCUGUUGCCCUCUCCCAGUCGCCAUCGCCACGAAACACACUCCUCGAAGCGCAAGGGGGCAGGCUACAGCCGUGUCCAACUCUCCUUUAUCCGGCGGAAGGCUGCCGGCAUGGCGUCGGCAGAGCAAGAGAGAGCCGGGGAGGCUGGUAUUCACAGCUUGCGUAGAGGCAAUGCCUCUGUGGCCGACGACGACGACGUUGCAAGAGAAGAUGGUAAAGGUGGCAUGAUGGAGCGGUACAUUGUGCGCGACGCCAGCAGCGAAGACCAGAGCGAGGUCAGCAGCGAUGAAGACAACACUAUCGAUGGCGGCGGCACGCUGGCGCAACUCGUCUACCUCGAGUCCCACGCUGACGACAUCCACGAGGAGGGCAACGGGUCGUACCGCGCGCGCUCUACAGCGUCGUCCAUGUUCCCGACAUCUGACAUCAACGCAUCCUUGGCGGGAGCGACUUCUAGGCGCGGAGGUGACGCUGGCGACGUCUCGAUGCACACCCUCUUCCAGAAGAUGCUGGCGAAGCUGCACGAAAUCGACCAGGUCAACGCCUAUCUCCGCGCGGAGCUGGCCGUGCACUCUCGGCGACUGCGCAAGGUUGAGGCUGCAAACCAUGGCCUGCGUCAGCGGAAUCGCCAGCUGGAGGAUGACACGCUGCAGUUACUACGCGACAAGCUGGAUGCGCUCAACACCGCACAAGAGCGGCUCAUGACGAUCAAGGAGAAGAACCGCCAGCUGCGGCACGUCCGCUCUCGCCUGCGCGCGCACCGGCACCGCCCGUGGCAGAGCACCGUGCUGCGCGUCGUCGGGGACAUGUGCGAGGUCUCAACAGCGGCAGCGGAAAGUGCAGACGAGGCCCGCGUGCACGCGGAUCGCCACGGCACAGGGUGCACCACCAGUGACGAUGACGAUGGCGGCGAGGGCGAGCGCGGAAACGCUUCGCCUCAGCCCGCGAAGUCUGCCGUGGCUGCCGAAGCGACGGCGGACGGGCAAGAGAUGGCAGCCACUGGGUCGGUGGGAUCCCUUUCCACGGAAAACCACGCGGCGCUCCCAGGCAGCGACAACAAUGAGGAGCGUCUGUUCAGCCGCAUCGCCCCAAUCGUGCUGCGCUCAGACCGUCAGCUCCCUGACGCUCUCGUCAUCAUCGCAGACUGGGCCAACAGCUGCCUCGAAGACCUGGAGUGCCUCGAUGACAUGAAGGAUGGCCCUCUAGCUGAGCGCUUCCACAGCUUCAGCGAGGAAGCGCGGAGCGGGGUGCUGAUCAGUCGACUUCUCUACUACCUUGCCCUGCCGCGGUACCGCACCACGACGUCGGCCGCCGAUAUGGAACGGGGCGUCGGAGCGAGCUUGGGCAUGAGCGACUCUGCCGGAGCCAGGCUGGAUGGCAUCAAUCGCCGACGUCAGCUGCUGGAGCAGCGUGGCGUGCAGCUGAACCCGCCCUUCCCCGUGUACGCAGACUGUUUUAGUGAUUUGCUGGCCGCACCGCCUGUAGAGCGCAUAUCCCAGCUUCUCGCCUUCGCGACAGAGCUCAUGGCUGGUCAAGACGUCGCGGCGCAGGAGCAGAACGAGGCGUGGCGGGCGAACACCACAAACGGUGAGAAUACGAACGGGCCGGCCAGUGUCGACUUUCGUGUAAGCGCAGCAGAGGCGGGGGAUGGGAAGCGGUCGCCGCGAGCUGCCGCGGCGUCGCUGCCUACGCUGUCAACUCCGUUGCCGCUCCACACCGUGGUCAACCCGCACGCCAUCGUGCGCGGUGAGAGGUCAUCUGUCAUCACACUCGUUGCGCUUCUUUACGUCCGCUUCGCGCACCCCUUCCACCACAAGAGUCAUCAGAGCGCGAAGCGAGAGCGGAGCGCACUGCUGCACCUCUGGAGCGGCGGCCAAGCGACAGUGGCCGAGCUCAACGGUAUCGUCAACGACAGCCUCCGAGAUGCUGCAGGAGGGAGCGGCUGCCCGGUGGAGAUUACGGCGACGCUUGACCGGGUACCGCCAUCCGGCUACUCAAUCGAAGCCGACAUGCUGCGUCAGCUGCCGACAGAGGACAAGACGGCAUGGCAACUCUUCCGUGAGCGUUGCCUUCCUGUCUUCGGCACACAGGCGCACCCCUUCCUGCUGCGCGGCGGCUUCUGGCCGAGCGACGCCUUCGAGAGCCCUGAGCUGGCCGCGAUGCUGAGCACCCUCGCCAUGGCGCUGCGCCGCUCACUGGAGUUGCACCGCUGGCAUGUGACGCUCAACUGCCUGGUGCCGGUGCGCACGUAUGGCGGGCUGAGCAACGGCGUCUUCACCGGACCGUGCGCGUCAGCCCCGGCACUAUUGCUGGGACUUCGUCAGGACGGUAAGAAGAACCUCUCCAUCGAGCACCCGCUCAUCCCUCAGUGCGUGGAGCAGCGCCAGCAGGCCUACCUGAACGCGCUGGCGAGCGAGACCUUGGGCGCCUCUCUCAUCUCCAGGGACGAUGAGGCAGCCAAGCUGCUGACACAGCAACAGCAUCUGGCCGACCCCACUACGGAGACAGCGUCGCUGAUGGACGCCAUCACUGGUCUUUGGCAGGAAGAUCUUCUCUCGCUCUUUGUGCAGCGCGCCACCCUCUCCGCGCACCUGGCGCUUCCGGUUCUCGACCUCGGCAGCUGGCGCCUGCUGUGUAGUGACCUCGGAGUGAUCAGCAUGGCGAGCCCAGACAGCGAGGGCGCCGGCGCGCAUGAUGCUGUGAUGCUCAGGAUGCACGAAUCUGGUUCGUCACAGAUGCAGGUGCAGUCAAUAUCGCCACGUCAGCCGAGGCCACAGUUGCAGGCGAUGGACAUGGAGGUAGUGACGACGCUCUUUCAACGCGCCGUCAUGGCGGUUUCACUCGCUCGGGAUGAGGUGGACCCCGCAGUGCUGCAGUCGGCACGGGCCGCCAGGGAGGCGUCGUCGCAGACGGCGCCAGCGGCGGCGGGGCAGCACAGCCAGGCUGACAGCAGGCGGAGUCGUUCGUCGAAGUCAUCAACGCAGCAUCAGACGCUACCAGACAUACAGAUGGACAUGACAUACCCGUCGUUUCUUAUAGCGCUUGUGCUGCUGGUGCACCAUCUGUACCCGGCCUUCAUCUCGGCGACUCCAGCAGGCGUAGCGGUGCAACCCUUGUCUUCACCGACUGCCUUUCUCGGCAGCUGGGAGUCCAGCACCCUCACCAAUAGCGACGAUGGGCGGCUCGGGAGUCCCGCCUCGCUGCCGCUGGACGGCGGUGAAGUGAACCGCAGCCACCGCGUUUCGAACAGCAAGCCCACCUACUGUUCCCUUGUGGAGGCUUUCAGGUUCAUGAUGCAAGGCAUUGUGUUGCCCAGCUCCGCGGCUCACCUGCAAGUCACAGAUCCUCACUUUGUUCUUCGCCAGCUCACGCGUGGCGUGAAGACACAGGUGGUGCUACGGAAUUGCGCCCCGGCGCUGCUGCUUGUGUAUCAAGCGUACAGCAAGGAGGUUUUUGGAGAGCCGGGGAUGGUGCGCAAGGACGUGCUUCGGCUGCUGCGCGAUGCGAUGCUCACCAGCACCGAGCUCUCACAGCAUCGCAUCUAUGAACUCUUCUCCAGCUGCUCUGUGCCGCGCCAUGCGAACGAAGAGGUCGCCAUCGCCAACCGCAAGGAGAUGGAUCGGCUGGCGCACGCCAACAGCAGCCCUGGCAGUCUCCCGGUGUCGGCGCGACGGCCAGGCUACCGUGCGGUGCGCAUCGUCGAUCCAGACGCCGCCACCGAGUCCGCCGUCGCGCACUCAGCGCAUCGGAAGCGCGUUCACAUUCUCAACUUCGAGGGCUUCUGCAAUUUUCUCUGCGUCCUGUGCGGCUUCAAGCAGCCGAACGUCUUCGUCCCAUUUGAGGAGCGCCUGCUCUCCUUCCUGCACAACUCGCUCCUGCGGCCGCUGAUGCACAUGGUGCCUGCUCUGGUGCCGCUGGUGUCGCGCUCGCAGCUAGCUGGAGCGUCGAACAGCGUCUUGGCCUCUACUGCCGUAGUGAGAGCCGGUAGCGUCAACAGCGACGGUAUCUCCAACAAGGCGGGCGGUGGGAGCAGCAGCGGUGCGAUUGGCGCUCGCGGCGCAGCCUCGUAG